UCAAUACUUUUCGCAAUUUCUUGCUUGCUUUAGAUAUUUCAGUUUUGGUGUAACUUAUUUACUACAAAGUAUUAUUGAACCAUUUUACAUUUUUCGAAAGUAUUUGUUAUAUAUUUGCUUUGAUUACCUAUAUUUUUUUUUAUUAUACCUAUAAUAAUAUUGCCGGCGAGCGGCGCCGCCUCCGCUGCACCGGAGGGGUCGACAAUGAGUAAUACCGUUCGUUUUUCGUGCUGAGUGACGUCGUGCAGCCGCGGCCGCCACUCCGCUCGCCUGCUCGCGCCUCGCGGACCGCAGUACGAUACGGCGAGGACGCACGACAGGACCCGCCCUUCGCGAUCGCAGCUUCUCACACUCGUGCCUCCCCGCACCCUAUCGAUCAUUUUCGACACCGGUCUUUUUUAUCUCUCACAUAAGGAAACAUGGAUAGCGCCGACGCUCUCCUCGGAGGUCUCGCCAGCGGAGACACCGCACCGGUCGCAGACGCGCCGGCUGCAGAACCCACCAUGAAGCGCGACCAGGACUCCACGGAUGAUUUCGAACACCUGGAGCGCGAUGGGCGGCGCGAGGCGGGUGAGUCGCCGCAGCGCCAGCCUGCCGCUGCCACUCGCAGCUUCCUAGACAUGGAGCGCGAGCUCCUGGUGGACGCUCCACGUGCACCCUCGGCCUCUGCCGACCACAUCGCAGACAAGUUUACAGACAGCGAGUCUGACGCGGACACCGCCGGCGAGUCCCCUAUGCACCGGCCGGAGCUGGCGCGGGCCACCGCCUACACGCCGGAGCCUCCUCUCGACCCCACGCCCGUGCUGGCACCGGCCGCGCCAGCUCCCGCCCCAGCGCCGGCUCCCGUGCCCAGUGCACCUGAAAAACCCUUACCGGAAGAACCGAAGCCAGCCACGGUACCCGAGCCCAAGCCAGAGACCCCAAAACCCGAGAUCGUUAAACCUGAGCCAACAAAGUCGGAGCCGAUUCUGCCGCAGAAGCCUGCUGCGCCUGAACCGUUGCGCCCCACAGCGCAUGUGAUCGAGGCUGAGGUUAUCUUCUGCCAAAUGGGACUUGAUGCCUGGUUCGACCCGCAGAGGCUGCACCCCGAAGUGGAGUCGCUGAUCUACUGGCGCAGCGCGGCGCACAGCGGGGCGGCGCUGGGCGCGGGGCUGGCGCUGCUGGUGGCGCUGGCGUGCUGCUCCGUGGUGUCGGUGCUGGCCUACGCCUCGCUGCUGGCGCUCUCCGCCGCCGUCGCCUUCCGCAUCUACAAGAACGUGCUGCAAGCGGUGCAGAAGACCAAUGACGGACAUCCAUUCAAAUGGCUGCUGCAGCAGGACAUCAGCGUGCCGGCCGAGCGCGCGCAGGCGCUGGCGGCCGCCGCCACCGCGCACCUCAACGCCGCGCUCGCCGAGCUGCGCAGGUUGUUCCUGGUGGAGGACCUGGUGGACUCCCUGAAGUUCGGCGUGCUGCUGUGGUGCCUGACGUACGUGGGCGCAUGCUUCAAUGGCAUCACGCUCAUCAUACUCGGAUGGAUAGCGUUGUUCACUUUGCCUAAGGCGUACGAGAUGAACAAGGCUCAGGUGGACGCCAACUUGGAGUUUGUUCGUGGAAAGAUCAACGAGAUCUCCGCAAAGGUCCGCGCGGCGGUGCCGCUGGGCCGGAAGGCGGAGGACAAGGACAAGUAGGCGCGCGGCGCGGCCUCACUUCACUGUUUGUUAUAUUUAUUAUUAUUGUACUAUUAAAGAUAACUACUUUACGUGUAAAGCUUUAUGAGACGAGUCAUGCGGAGAUUAUUGUAUUUGCUUUUUGAAAUUUUAAAUUAAAAUAACUGUCGAACCGAAA